AUGGCUCGAGGACAUCAAAAAGAAUUAGCUCGUCAACGUAAUGAAAAAAGUGGUUCUUCAAAUAAGCCCACAACACAAAAAGGCACUGCUGCUGCUGGUUUAACUUAUCAAUGUGGCAUUUGUAAAACUCAAAUGGGAGAUCGAAAAACAUAUAAAUUACAUUUUGAAAACAAACAUCCUAAAAAUGAAUUACCGGCUGAAUUAAAAGAUUCUCAUCACAUUCAAUAA